CGGUCCCGUUGUCGUUUAUUCGCGCGCGCGGAUUCAAGAGUUCGCUCUUCGCGAUUGACACAUCGUCAUCGCGAGCAAAUAUUUUGCCACGCGAUCGAGUAAUCUCUUUGAGAGGCUGAGUGUACGAGAUCUUGCUAAAUUCGAAGUGAAGAGAUCUACAUCGAUCUCCUCUGGAUCCUUGAUCCUCGUCGGAGGGUAAAUAUGGAGAUCAGUGGCUUUUGAGAUUAUCUCCAAAGCGACUUUGAGAUGGAUACGUCGUUGGAUAUGGCAACGCAGACAAGGAUCCGAAGACUCAAUAAAGCUGAUAGAUUCACUUGAAUAGGCACCAACUUUUCUCUUUCUCUCUUCUCUGGAAGAAAUAUCCAAAAAAAAAAUAAAACACGCGGGAAAAGAAGGAAUGGGCCCUUGGGCCUUCGGCAUACCUAUCAUCCUCUUGUCAACUCUGGGCCUUAUCCUGAAUGGCUACGUUCUCCUUGUCGUUCUUGGUCUUAGUAAACAGACGCAGCAACAGCAGACGGCGAACACUUUGCUGCUGAUCCAUUUGGGCGCCGUGGAAACGGCUUUGUGCUUGAUAUUGCUGAUCUUCACGAUCGGUUCGUGGUCAGUCGCCGGCACGUGGUGCGUUUUCCACGGAUUCCUCCUGGCAUUGCUGCAUCCAGUCGCUCUCUGGACCGUGACAGGAUUAAAUUGCGACAGGUAUUACGCGAUCGCUGCACCGCUGCAUUACGCCGCUUUGGUCUCGCCGCGUCGCGUGGCCGUCGGGUUGGCUGCUUCCUGGACGGGCGCUCUGCUUCUGUGCUUGCCGCCGUUCUCCGGUCUGGUACCGCCUUACAGGUAUAGCCCAGGGUUAGGUUGCUGCGCCCCGGAUUUCGGGAACGGCACUUGGGGAUCCGCCGCGGCGCUCUACGGCGCCGUUUACGCUAUCGUGGGCCUGGGACUGCCGGCCGUCCUCGUGACGGUCUGCAAUUUACGCGUGCUGGGUAUAGCGCGGUAUCAUCGGCAUCGUAUCGCCAGCGCGAUCUACGAGGUCACCCUGAGCGCCCAGGUGACCAUUACCCAUCAGCGAAAUCCGUUUUUUGUGCCAACUGUCACCGCACCCUCCGCCGGGGGACCGCCGCGUUUUCACAGCGCCGCCAGCACGGUGAUGCAACUAGUCGGCUCCUUGUACCUGCUCUACUUUCCUUAUUGCGGAUUUAUUCUCUGGGAAGUUUGCAAUGCCGGUAAUCAGCAACGUUCUCACGCAUAUCCUAAACUCGCCGCUUUGGCGUCGUUCCUCCUGGCGUGCUCGCCGCCCAUCAACGGCGUUCUUUAUGGCUUAAAAUCGCAGACUCUGCGACGAUCCGUCCAAAACUAUUGGCGAAAGAAGGCGACCAAGUCCGAGUUGCAACAGGAGAUACAGGCAAGAACGCCGAGCGUCGCGGGUUCUAGGCGGCCUUCCGGCAGCGGAAAUGCUUCCUUCUUCCCUUUCCCGCCCUUACAACGUAGACUCAGCGAGGCAUUAUUGGCUCUCGGCUCAUGCAGAACCGGCAGUAACUUCGAAAGCAAUAAUCUCGGAUUUCAGCGCGGGAGGCUGCAGCCCGCCGUCUCGUGCAAUACUCUUAGAGUGCCAACCGCGGAAUCAGAGGAGCCAAGAAAAUUGGUGAGGGCGAGCGCGAGUGCCGCCAGUCUGAUGGGUCCCAACUAUCGGAGCGACUUUAUCGGGACGGACUUGGGCGCGGGAUGCUCGAUAGCUUUAUGCGAGACCCCGAGGAAGAGUCCGAGGAUCCUCAUAACGCGCGCGUACAGCGAGGAGAGCCAGGACGGGAGCAGCCCGCUUCUAAGAAAACCCCUCAAUUCCAAUGCUAACCCACCGCCGUGCGAAAAACGCCGAUGGCGGAACUGCAGCACCGGUAGCGAGAGCAGCACGGGAAGUAGCGACGCGAGCAUCUGGACCACAAACGUGACCCCGAAAUCCGUCAAGGGUAACGCGUCAAGGAAUUCAAUCGAUGGCUGGUCGUCGCGACGAUAUGUGCGCGGCAAGAAUUUGGAGGAAGGUCCGCUAUCGACUGUGAUCAGACCGAACAACAAUAGCGAGAGCAGCGAUACCACGGAUACGACCACAGCCACGACAACAACCACCCUGCUCAAGUCUCUCGCCAUAAUUAAUUUGACGAUGCAGGAAAAUGACGAACUGAACGAAGAGGAAAAGGAAAAAGUGAACGGUAACACAAAGAAGAGAGAGUUUAGCGAAAGCGAAAGCAGUUGGAGCAGCGUGGAGGAGAUUGAGACUAAGGCGAUAACUGAGAGAAAUGAUGAGGACGACGGUCUCGAAAGGUCGAGGGAGGAGCUGCGGAUGGAACUUUCGCCGCGAAAGUCAGGGAUUGACAACCACGAGGUUGCCGAAGUUUCCGAGGACCGAGGCGAGGAGGCUGCGCAGCUGAGGCCCCUCCUGACUCCCUCCUCCUAAGUUUAUCCUCUUAAGUCUAAAUGUAUUUUCCUUUCGGAUAAUCCAUUCGUGUCCCAGACAAGAUGAGAUUCUACCUAGUGUACUUAAGCGACACCGCUAAACAGAACGAAGUUUCGUAAUAGGAGAGAGAGAGCAUCCAAUCAUGACGCACUUAUUUCGUGAAUUUGCAAAAAUAUAAAGAGUUAAUCGGUCAAUUGUGACACAGCUAUUUUAAUAACUUGUAUCUAUCGACACAAAAGAGAGGAGAUAUUUGAGAAAUAACUCGUCCAAGCGUACAUUUUGUACCACAAAAUGUGUGAUCUCAAUCGUUUCUUAUACGUUCUAAUGAGAAUUGUAAAAAAGUUUUUGAAGUAAACGAGAGCAUUCGGCGCAGCCUUUACACUCGACAUUAAUAUAUAUAUAUAUAUAUAUCGACAUAUCCUGAAAUUAUAUUUUUAUACUUUCACUCUGCAACAUUACAUAACGCAACGACGACAUGAAACCAUCCUUUACAAUAGAGAGAAGAACGAAACUAAUUAAUACGCCACCGGCGAACUCGAUUUCGGAAAAUUCGUUCGCUCCCUUGACGCGCUGAACGAGAAAAGAAUUAAUUAUCAAUCGUUUCCGAUCAUUAUCGAUGAAAGUUUUGCGUCAGCGAUUUCAUCAUCCAUGAAACCGAUCCAAUUUAUCUUUAAUUUACCAAAGCAAGAAAAUUUCAUAGAAAUUCGUGCAAGAGCGAAGAAAGAAUAGCGGACGGAAAUCGGACACCCGAGAAAGUUCUUUUAACGGAAAGCGGUAACAAAGAUCAAAUUAAAGGUGCGAUUCCUAAGGAAUAUUCAACGUUCGCAUUAAAUUCGUAAAUAUGCGAAGACAAAUUCUACGUAGAAAUAAAUCUCACUUUUUGUAAAUGUCAAAUUUCGCUCGGUAUGUAGUUACAAUUUCUCAUUGACGUGAAUUUCAUGGCCCUUUUACUGGACUUUCUGACAUCUACGCAAAAUAUAUAAAUGAUAUUAGAGUAAUUUAGAUAAGUCAAUAAUUAGUCGAUAGUGAUAAUAGUAGCCGUUGGAAUUGACACUCCAAAAAUUGCAUAGGGCAUAUAUGUGCAAAAAUCUAUGUAAAAAAAUAUUUCGACAUUCUCUGGACGUUUAAUGGUGUUAUUUAUGAUACGACAAGAAAGUUUUUAUUUUGAUUUGUUGUUGAGCGCGCGAGAAUCGAUCCGUAUUCGCGUAUUUAAAUUACAAUUGAUACGGACUACAGACUAGUCAUUCCGAUGGUACACAGUAUACACUAUACAGGAUGAAAAAAAAAUGAGUCUUCGUGCAAAAAUAAGUUGAAACUGUAGAAUAGAAUUUUUUCAUAACAAACUUUCUUAUUCGAGGAAAUUGAUUUUAUAAAUUGGAAACUUAAUAACAUAUUUAUUGUGCUCUUUUUAUUACACUCUUUUUCAACUUGAAUAAUCACAAGAUUUUUAUCUUGUGUGAUAAGUUAUCUCGUUUUUAUCUUGUGUGAUUUAUCUCGACAGCGGCUCUUAAAAUGCUGUAUAAAAAGAUACAUUAUCUCUAUUGCAAAAAAUAAAGUUUAUCUUGAUGCUUUAUAUACAUACACAACUUUUUUGCUACACACGCACAUACAUAAUAAGUUAGUUCAAAGUUUUAUUAAAUGGAAUAUUAUAUCUUUUAAAACAUUAUAUUAUAAUCGUAUUUAUAUGUAAAUUUUUUAAAAUUCUCUCAAAAAAAUAAUUUCCUGGAAAACAAAGCUUCGUAUGAAAAAUUGUAUUUUACAUUUUCAAUUAAAAUUUUUGGUUUUUUUAUACAUUUCUCAAUUUAUCUUGUAUAUUUAUACAUAUAUGAGAUUCCACAGUCCGAUAAUAUAUUUAGAUAAAUUAGAUAAUAUUAAUAUAUAUACAUUAUUUAUUAUUCUGUUUAUAUAGCUCUGUAAUGAAGACAUAUUAAUGUAAGUCGAGUUGUUGUCGACUUGUUGACUGCUUAAUACGACGUAAAUACGGAUCAUUCUCUGUACGUCAGUGUAAUUUAUAUGAUAUAUUGUUGUUGAAUACAUACACAUACAUCGUUAUAGCCGAGGCAACACUUAUUGUUCGCAGGAAACUUGAUAGUUUCCAGCGCAUGUCACAACGUCCAUGUAACACACUUCGAAUUUUUUAGAAUCGCUUAUAUUCGAGCUCUGUUGAUCUAAACUUGACAGUUAGAACUGUGUGUAUGCAGCUCGGAUCCGUUAAGUAUAGUAACUGUUGAUCUCAUAAAAAAGACCGUGAUUUCUCGAUCAAAUUCAUCAUCAAUGAUAAAUACUUGAGGAACUUUGUCGGGUGCAAGUAUAUUGUAUCGAUGUUAACAUUACAAAGAGUUGCGACAUAAACAAUGUCUGAGUGUAUAAAGUUAGUGCAAAUAAAAAAGAAAUGAAAACAAUAUACCAGGAAAUUAUUGAGUUCAUAGAAUGUCCGCACAUUUUACAUGCGUAUACCUUUUGUAAAAAAUUAAAUAAUAUAUAUGCAAUAAUUAAAAUACGCAAUAAGUAACACGUGCAAUAAAUAAUAUAAUUGCGUGUCUCAAUCGCGUUGUUUCUCAAUCAAUAUGGCCUUUAUAUAUUUCCGGAGACAUCUUUAGAAUAAAUAUAUCGUUUCCUCAUUUGACAAUGAGAGUAGACACGAUCCUACUUUUGACACGUAUUGAAAUUCAAACGAGAUUGAAUAGAAUGCCCUUUUCGAUAAUUUUGGGUAUGUUUUUUAUAGCUGAACUGGCACUAAU